AGUUCCUCCUCUAGCUGUCUGUAGAUUCCCCCAUCCACAAACCCUGUCGUUCCCCCCUCCCCAGCCUUUGCCGUGGAGAGGGGGCGACCCCGGAGAAGAGAAGGGAGAGGAGUUGCACCAUUUCCAAGAUGGCGUCUGACUUGGGAAGCAGCCUCACCUCCAUAGACUGGCUUCCGCAGCUCACAAUCCAGGCUUCGAUAAAGGGUUCCCAACAGAACAGUGUAGGGCGUAAGGGCCCAGGAUCCCCCGCAGACCCAAGUGCCAUGCUGAGCAAAGAGGAAGCUGCGGCCCACCGAGAUGGAAAACCCCCUUACAGCUAUGCCAACCUCAUCCAGUAUGCCAUCAACUCUGCUCCAGCCAAACGCAUGACCCUCAGUGAGAUCUACCGCUGGAUCUGUGACAACUUCCCGUAUUAUCGCAGUGCUGGGGUGGGCUGGAAGAACUCGAUACGACACAAUCUGUCCUUAAAUAAAUGCUUCAGGAAAGUUCCGCGCCCCCGAGAUGAUCCCGGAAAGGGAUCCUACUGGAUGAUUGACAGUUGUCCAAAAGAAGACAUAACUCUGCCUCGCAGGAAAAGGCCGCAUCCAGACGAUGAGGUUUCCCAGGAUUCAUUUGAACAAGAAGUCAACAAAAGCCCCCUGAGUUCAGCCAGUGAGGUGUCUAUGCCCCAAGAAGCCACCCAAGGGCAUCCUAUGAACAAUAACUCUCCUCUCCCUACCUACAGCCAGGCCAACCCCACUCAGAUGCCACCAGAUUCCCGGGCUCCUACAUACAACAACAACGACUGCUACAAGUUCUCCUUCUCAGAAAGCACCUUCCCAGAUCUGAGCUGUUCCUUCCGGAGUCUGUAUCACUCUCUGUUGGGCAAACAGGGGGAGAGAGGAGACAAGGAUCUGUACAACUCUAUGCAGAGCAAACAGGUUCUGCCCCCUGUUCAUUCAGAAGUACAGUCAUCGAGCUGCUGUAUGUACCAGCAGAAUUCUGGUGCUGCUCCCUCUAACCUGCACCCCCACAAUGUCCCCAGCAUCAGUGGCCUUCCCCCUUCUCACCAUCAAGCUCAACACCAGCAACCUCCAUAUCUGCCCCAGCAGCAAAUGCCUCGCCCCCCAGCUCCUGGCAUGUCUUUGGGGCUUCCAAGUGACUGGUGUUCGAAUAUUGACUCCUUAAAGGAAAGCUUCAAGAUAGUCAGCAGUUUGGAUUGGUCCUCUGUGGAUCUGUCCCAAUUCUCAGAUCUGAUGGAGAGUCUGCGUCAGGCUGAACUUAAGAACUGGAGCCUGGACCAGGAUCACAUUGCCAGCCUGUGUGAUUCCUUAAGCCAUCUGCUGAGUACGACUGGCCUCCUCCCACAAAACCAUGGACAGCCUCCAUCUUGCCAGGCUCCCUGUAUGCCACCAACUACCAGCAGUGCCUGCGCUCUACGAGGAGGGAAGCCUGGACAUAACAUGGCAGUAAAUUCAUAUGGACAGAAUCAGCCUCCUCCCGUGUCCUGUGGUCACACCUUUACCGUCUCUUCCGGUUAUCCCAUCCAGUCCCAGGCACCACCAACGUACAGCCAGCAAGGACGCCACCCACAUCGUGCUUUGUACCCACCUCAACGUCCGACACUUCGUUACCCACAGAGCAGCGAUGACAUUCAGGAUGAUUUUGACUGGGACUCCAUUGCCUAGAGACAUUAUUCACCCUCUGGGGGGGGGGGGACAAAACAAAGAGAGAGAGAUGCGAGGGGCCACGGUAUUCCCUCCCUGUGUAUAAUAUAUAUGAAUAUAUAUAAAUGUAUAUCUUCGCCCGACAAUCAGGGACAAAAGCCACACUGUACCACGUGGAAACUGUCAGUUUAUCAACAAAACCCCGUCUGCUAAACCACAGCCUAAUGCCUUUUGCUGCAUUGUGAAGAUUGUGACUUCCCAGCCAAUGUAUCUGCCAUCAGCAAAGCGUGGAUAUGCCAAGGACAGAGGAAAGGGCACCCAGCAUGGGGCGCCCGCUGGGAGAAGCAAGGGUAACUUCAUUUAAUUUAUUUACAUGGCACAAACCUUGGAACCAGCAGGACGGCACAGACAGGACAGCAGAAGAUUCCGGGUGAGAAGAUCCAGAUAUAUAAACAUGUGAACUGGGCAGUACCCGGGUUGAAUGGUUCAGCUGUGCCCACAGUCUCAUUAACGGAGCUCAUGUUUUGGCACUUUCUGGGAUUUUCUCAUUAUUAUUAUUUACGUGUGUGUGACCCUUAAUUGUGCGUUGGACUGCAAACCAGACCCGAAGAUGAGUUCAUUCUAGUAUUAAGCACCACCUUAUCCUCUUCUACCACUGUGUAUAAUAUAUAUAUAUAUAUAUAUAUAUAUAUAUACGACAAAAAAGCUGAAGCACACCAGGAUUUUCUUCAAGAAAUAUAAAAGUAUUUAUUCCAUCAACGUUUCGGCCCUCGAGUGGAGCCUUUAUCAAGAUAGAGAUUACACCAAAGUGAAAACAAUUUAAAGACUCACCCAGCUCACUCCCACCUCCCAGUGACGCCCCCUUUUUUUUCAGGUGUGAGGGAUAAUUAGAGAAUUCAUUAAUGUGACUGGUUUUUCCAACAGGUACAUUCUGUAGAAACAAAUACAUAUAAAGCACAGAAUGUGAAAUACAGUGUAUAACGUGCUAUACAUUAGUAAUAAAUAUUAAACAUCAAAAUAGAAUUUUUAUAUAAAAAACACUUAAAAAUCCACCAAAGGAUUACCAGUAUCAAAACCUAAAAACAAACUGUUUGCAGAGAUCGCUAGAACCUACUUGUCAAUCAUUUUACAGAAUCUACCACUUUUAUCUUUUGUCCAAAAAGAUUGUGCGUUGGACUGCAAACCAGACCCGAAGAUGAGUUCAUUCUAGUAUUAAGCACCACCUUAUCCUCUUCUACCACUGUGUAUAAUAUAUAUAUAUAUAUAUAUAUAUAUAUAUAUACGGUGCCUUGGAUCCCUAUGAGCAAGUGUCGCUCAGACUCAGUCCGUGCGCAUAGACAGGAAAACAAAUAAUGCUGCAGGUACAAAGGGAAGGUGUAAAUUAAAUACAAGCUGCUUCUAUACGA